GAUCAGUAGAUGGGGACACGUUAAUGAUUAAAAAACGCUGGUUGUGAAUGUAGUUUGAAGUUAUCAAUUUGAACUCUCAUUCAGCCGGUGACUCGAAUUUAUCAUAAGGUUCGUUUUGGUGUGGUUUGGAUGCAUAACAGAUAUGCCGACACAGGAGAUCGCGUCGGUUUCCGCUGAGUCGAGAUACUUGACCCCACUUCGAGUUUAUGCAAACGGAGAUCCAACAAUCAGCUGUAUGUCUUUCUUGCUGGUUUCAUUUCUAGCUCUGACAACAAACUCGUCACAAGUUUUUAUUCUUCUUCUUUAUGAUUUGGAGCUGGGAGCGAAGAACAAAAUCGAUAUAAACCAUCAGAAAAUACAGGAAUUAGAGCUGGGAGUUGAUAGAAUUGACUUGAGUCAUGAGAACACACAGAUCAAGAUAGUAUCCGCACUAAGGCUCUUAACUUUCCGGGAGCAACAUGUUCUCGUUCAGUUUUGGUCGCCUCAAGUGGUGGGGAAGCACCAAUUCCUUACAACCAUAGAUCAACCAUUUGGUCUUGGGGUAAUGGAUGAAAGGCUUCUUACAUAUAGGCGGGAGACUGAUCACAACUAUUUUGUUACGGAUAACGAUCAUGUAGAAGAGGAACAUAGUCCUGUGGCUCGAGUAUAUAGACGAGGAUUGCCAGAGUGGACACCAGAUGUAACUAAUUACUUGCCAAAACACUUACCGCAACAAGAGUGUGUGAUUCGUUGCAAUCUUCAUGGAUAUUUGGCUUUACCAGUUUUUGAUAUGAGUAUGCAUUUAUGCGUUGGUGUGCUUGAGCUUUUGACGUCGUCAAAAUAUACGAGUUAUGCUUAUGAGGUUCAACAACUUUGUAACGCACUUCAGACGGUAGGACUGAGAACACAGCAAGCAUUCGAUUGUUCUAUUCUAAAUGUGAGUCAGGUCUUUUGCAACAGUGACAGAUCCCAAAAAAAAAAAAAAAAAAAAAAACUCACGUCAUCAUGUUUCAAUCGUUGUUUUCGGAUGACUAUAAAUAGAUUUACAUAUUCACCAGCGUGUCAUCAACGCGACGAAAUUAAGUUAAUAGAUAAUUUAAGAGUAAAUUGUCAUUUUAGUCCCUGAGUUUUGUUCAAAUUUGCCAUUUUAGUCCAAAUAGUUUUUUUUUGCCUCUGAAUCCC